AUGGGCAAGAUGUUGAAGAAGCCAGCCGCGUCCUCCGGCUCUACGAUGAAGACCACGGGCACGGCAGGCCUCGCAGUUUGCCGGGCCGCCUUGGAGGAAGUUCCCGUGGGCCAAGUGGUGACUAAAAAGGAGUUGGCGCUGAUGGCUUUCGGCCAUCCAGGUCAAGGGCAGCUGGCGCAGAUCGGCAAAGCUUCGGCUGCGCUGGCCGAGGGCAAGGUGAAGGGAUGGUGGCGCAUCGUCAAUAGCGGCACGCCAGCUUUACAGUCGGGGCGGGAAGCGGAGCAGAAGCGAAGGCUGGAGGAAGAAGGUGCCUCCUUGGACUUUCCGGUGAAGCAGGAACCAGACAGUCUUCUGCAUGCUUGCAGACGAGAUCCGACAGCGCUGCCGCCGUUCUUGUCCACCAUCUUCGAGUGCGUUGAGAUACCUCCGACAGGCAAGCACACGCACACGUUGGUGUACCUGCAUGGGCGCAAGUUCAUUGGAAGCUACUACCUCAAGCAAAAGCAUUUUUUCGCCGGCCCGUUUGCAUCGUGCCUUCGCGUGGUGCUGCCAACGGCUUCCCUCGUCGGUGGGCAGAUGCUUACAGAAUGGUUUUCAGAAUGGCCGCCCACACCCAGGAGCCUGGCUCCGGGGCGGCAGAAAGUAGCAGACAUACUCGCACGCGAAGUUGCAAAACUCGGUGACGCCGGCACAGUGUUCCUUGGUGGAUCCUCGCAGGGAUGCAUUCUGGGGCUGGACGCUUUCCUGCGCUCGCCACACGCGACCUCGGUGGCUUCUUCGGGCUGA